CUAAAAUUGAUAAGAAAAUUAAGAAAUAAAGGACACAUCAUUUUACACCAAAAUGAAGAGGCAAAUAAAGAAGAAGGAAAAGCAUUGAUUCUGAAAUACAAUUCUAGUAUCAUUCGUGAAAGAAGAUUUUGUAAUAUUCUACAAACUAGAAAUUAGGGGAAAAGAUGGAAAAAAAGAGCUUUAACUUUUGGAAUUGGAAGCACAAACACAAAAACAAAAAUGAAAAGUCUCUGUUUUACCUUUUAACCCCUUCAAGAAUCCGCCUUUAAUUUCAGUGCCUCUUUACUUUGCCCGUCUCUCUCCUCCUCCUCUGUUUCUUCGCCUUCUCUCACCUUUUUCCUCGUCUUUAUCAGAGUGAAUGGAGCUGUGGACAGAAGCAAGAGCCCUAAAGGCCAGUCUAAGAGGCGAAGCCAUAAAGCAUCAAGUGAUUGUGUCGGAAGAGUUAAGCCGAACUCCUUCUGCUGAAGAUUUCUCCGUUGAGUGUUUCCUCGAUUUCUCAGAAGGUCAAGAAGAAGAAGAAGAACUUUUAUCUGUUUCUUCUUCACAAGAAGAACAUGAACGAGAACAAGAACAAGAUUGCGUCUUUAGUUCAAAACCUUGCAUCUUUGAUCAACUUCCUUCUUUGCCGGAUGAAGAUGUGGAAGAGCUUGAAUGGGUAUCUCGGGUUGUGGAUGAUUGUUCUUCACCAGAAGUUUCACUUCUCUUCACACCAACCCACAAAACCAAACCAAGCUUCUCAUCUCGAGUUCCGGUCAAACCAAGAACCAAACGGUCUCGCAACAGCCUAACCGGUGGCCGGGUUUGGCCACUCGUUUCAACCAAUCAACAUGCAGCGGCAGAGCAGAGAAGGAGGAAGAACCAAGAAACGGCCGUCGUGUUUCAACGAAGAUGCAGCCAUUGUGGCACAAACAACACACCUCAGUGGAGAACCGGUCCGGUCGGUCCAAAAACCUUGUGUAAUGCCUGUGGUGUCCGGUUUAAGUCAGGUCGGCUAUGCCCGGAAUACAGACCGGCGGAUAGUCCGACGUUCUCGAAUGAGAUCCACUCGAAUCUUCAUAGGAAGGUUCUGGAAUUGAGAAAGAGUAAAGAGUUGGGUGAAGAAACAGGUGAAGCUACUACUAAAUCAGACCAAGUCAAAUCUGGCAGCAAAGUGGUAGAGAAGACUUAGGUAAAAUAUAAACCUACUCUUUUUAACAUUAUCUGUACUGUACGUAGUGUUGUAAUUUAACAACUUGCUUCGUAACAUUUGAAACUGUUUUGGAAUUAGUCUAAGAAAAGUGGGUUUUUUUUUUUCUAUUAGCAAAAUUAUGUUUUUCUUUUAGCGAUGUGAGACCACCACCACUACUACUUAAGAUGAUUUUGGUCCAUGUGAAGUGGCCAUAGACUUUUUGUAGUGUUUUGCAGGAUAUAAAAGCUAAUAAUACUUUGAGAAAAACAAA